AUGUCCGACCCGACCAAACCGCCCGGGCCGUUGCCCACCAUCACUACCCCACGCCGCCCGCCCGAGUUCGAGGUCCUCUUCCGGCCCGGCGACCCCUCGGACCCUCAGAACUGGCCCUCCUGGUACCGCAUGUGGGCCAUCCUCACCGUCGCCUUCUCUGCCUGGGUCGUCAUCCUCUUCAGCACCAGCUACACCGGCGCCCUGCCCGCCCUCAUCGACGAGUUCCACGUCUCCCGCACCCACGCAACCCUCGGACUCAGCACCUAUCUGCUCGGGCUCGCCCUCGGCAGCCUCGUCGUCGCUCCCUUGAGUGAGCUGCUUGGCCGCCGCAUCGUCUAUCUCGUCGGCCUAGCCCUCUGGGCCGCCUUCAUCAUCCCUUGUGGUGUUGCCCAGUGCUUGACCACCAUCCUCGUCAACCGCUUCAUCAGCGCCAUCUUCGGCGCUGCCCUCAUCUGCAACGGUCCCGGCACCGUCGUCGACGUCUCCAAGCCCGACCGCCUCGCCAUGGGCAUGUCGCUCUUCAGUCUCGGCCCCUUUAACGGUCCUGUCCUCGGCCCCCUCAUCGGCGGCCUCGUCUUCGAAUACCUCGGCUGGCGCUGGACCAACUGGAUCGUCCUCAUCCUCGCCGGCGUUGCCUUCUCCAUGAUGCUGACCAUCCACGAGACCUACGCCCCGCGCAUCCUGCGCCAGCGUGCCGCGAAAAUGCGCAAGGAGACGGGCGACGACCGCUGGUGGUGCCGGUACGACGACACGGCCGUCUCGUGGAGCCUGUUUGCCACCCACAUGAAGCGCCCGCUGGUCCUGUUCUUCACCGAACCAAUCGUCUGGUUCAUCAACGUCUGGAACGCCCUCAUAUACGGCAUCUUGUACUUGUGCUUCGUCGCCUAUCCCGUCGUCUUCAUGCAGCACCGCGGCUGGACUGUAGGCUUCGCUGGAAUGUCGUACCUAGGAAUCGGCGUUGGCAUCGUGCUCGCCAUCGCUGCCGAACCCUUGGCGCGCCGCAUCAUCCAUGCGCGGCCACCGGACCCUUUGACCGGCAAGCCGCCGCCCGAGGCCGCCGCCUUGCUCAUGGUGGCCGGCGCGCUGCUGACGCCUAUCGGCCAGCUGGGCUUCGCGUGGACCUGCUUGCCGGCCAGAAUCCACUGGGUGAUACCGCUGAUGUUCGGCGUGCCGUUCGGCUUCGGCAAUACGCUCAGCUUCAUCUACUCGUCCAACUACCUGGCUGGCGCGUACGGCAUCUAUGCUGCGAGCGCCCUGGCCAGCAACGCCGUCAUCCGCAGCAUCUUUGGCGCCACGCUUCCCCUCGCCGGCACCCGCAUGUACCAGGACCUCGAUCCGCGCUGGGCUGGCACAAUCUGCGGCUUGCUCGCCGUCGGCAUGAUUCCCGUGCCUUUCGUCUUUUGGCGGUACGGCGCGGCCAUCCGCGCCCGCAGCCGCGUCAUCCGCCAGCUCAGGGAGCAGCGGGAUGCCAUGGAAGCCUCGCGCGCCGAGUACCAGGCGAAGCAGGACGACUACUCGAGCAGCAACGGUCAGCUGGCGUCAGAAAAGGAACUCUCUAUCGCUAUAGCCCCGUCCCGAGUCUAUUUGACGGAACUGAAACCGGUAAAAAGGUAA